GUGCUAGAAAACACCUAAACUAACAAAUUAUAUCUUUUUGUAUAGCAUUAGCAAAAUUAUUUCGCCUUUAGGCCCGGAAUUCCUCAAAUAAUCGAACAAUAUUGUAGAGUAAUGGCGCCAUUGUUGUGUUGACAUCACGUGACGUAAUAUCGUAUGCGAUCUCGUUGCUGAUUCGAUUCACGGGAUUUUGAUGGGCGAGGCGUUAUUUUUUACAUCGCUGAUUACAUUUUUUUAGGAAUUCGACCACUUAGGCGUUUGUUGACAGUUAGGUAAAUCUUGCGUCUGUCCCAGAGGGUGGCCAAUGCUAAACAGUCUCAUCGCAUUCGACGUCAUCAUGUUUGUCAUUGUGACCCACUCACAGGAUAAUGACGUUGCGAUAAUGUCCCACCCUGUAACGAAACAGCCCGCCAGAGGUCACUAUGAGCUGAAGGAAAUGUCAGGGUCAGCCAGUACACCACCUCCAGGGUAUGACAUCACGACACCCGGGUACUUUAUUAACCCCCCAACAAAGUCAAAUCCAAUAGUCCGUCAACCUACUUCCUGCUCAACGCCGACGAAACCACUGGAUCUGCGGGCCUGGACCACGCCCCUCUGUAGCUGCGGGGAUAACAAGAAAACAUGUUUUCAAGUAAUAUUCUGUGCCCUGUGCGUUGAGUGUUGGCUUUCUCGGAAGAUGGGAGAAGGCUACUGUAUGCCGUGGUGUGUUCCCUUCAGUCUCUCUUCAUUGCGGUUAAAACUCAGGACGAAAUACAACAUUGAGGGCUCCAUUCUGGAAGAUUUCUGCGCCUCUCUGUGGUGCUGGCCGUGCGUGUUGUGCCAACUGAAGAGCGAAGUCCGCUAUAUCGAGAGACAGAACCGCAAGAGACAGCUUGACGCGAAGGGGCAAUGGCUUUGAUGGAACUAAACCUGGCCAUGGUUGGUCAAAACAAAUGUUAUCACUAAUACUGGCGUUAACUUGACUUUGCGUUAUCUCCUUCAGUCAGUGUUAGCGACAAAACUGGAGCCGGGCCUUGAGCGAGGUUAAUUUCGUAGUACUGGUUAGAAAGAUUCCUUCCUGCGACGGAGUAAAACCAUGACAGCAUGACGAUUGUGAUUUGAGUGUAGUCGCCGAUAAGAUACGUUGCAAUCACUCGCCAUGUUGUCAUGGCUCCAUCGCAGCGACUACAAUCGCUCGUUUUCGCUGCGCUCUAAAGAUGUACAAUGUUAACAGCAGCGGACUUGUAAUGGCCCCCUUGUAUACAAGAACGCUAUUUUCUUAUAACUUACCUUUUUACACUUCAGAGUACAACUGAUUAUGGCUUAUUUUUCGGGUGGAGACAGGGUGGACUCAAAUUGUGUUCGAGCAUGAAUUUAUCAUGCAAGGUUGUAAAUAAAUAUGUGUUUCAUACUCACAGGCGAAUAAGCAUGAUUUUGUGAUAUCUUUCUCUCGGUUUGUUGCAAGGUCGAUUUCAUAUUAAAGGGAAACAAGAUGCAGGACCAUUCCCCAGUGCUCGGGAAAGUAUAUGCGACCCGUCAGCUUUAAGG